AUGGACGAGUUUGUACUUAUGGUUUUCGAAGGGGACCCAGCAGACAUGCUUGUGAAGGCAUGUCCAAUGUACGCGAAAUAUCUCCACAUGACCAAAACCGGCAAGAAACUCCUAUACGUACGCUUGAAACCUGCACUGUAUGGGUGCAUUAAAUCUGCCAUGUUAUGGUGGCUCAUGUUGUCGGAGCUUCUCAUUGAAGAUGGAUUCAAACUGAACCUGUACGAUUUGUGUGUGGCAAACAAGACGCUCUCCUGCGGAACCAAAAUCACUAUUUGCUGGUACGUGGACCACUUAAAGAUUUUGUCGAAGAAUGAACAAGCGGUGCACGACAUAAUUAAAAAACUAGAAGAUCGUUUUGGAGCAAUGCGGAAGAGUUUCAGAAAGAAACACACUUAUUUAGGAAUGGAAGUGGAAUUCUGCGAUGAUGGUUCCAUGCGACUCAGUGUCCCGGACCACAUCAAAGAAUGCAUGGAAGAUUUUGGCGAAGACUUAGGGCGCUCUGCGGCAAACCCAGCAAGCAAGAAGGUAUUUCACGUGGACCCCGAUGCAGAAAGGCUGUCGUGGCUCACAAUAGUCCACUAG